CGCCUUUGCUUUUCUGACGGUGGUUAACAGCUUACCUAUUGCUAUUGGGCCUCUGACCGACAAGUAUCAUUCAGGUUACGCUUACAAGGUCUCAAAGAGUAUCGCACCUACCAGAGUAUGCCUGAAUCAGGGGAUAACGAUGCUGACCGAGCAUCCCGCCCGACAUUUGCCAAGAUACGAGAUGCGUGCCGAUAUCAUCAGUCCCGAAACCUUAGAUGUGUUUCGACUGCCAUGGAAAUGGCACGAGAAUGACCCGGGAUACAUUGUAAUCUUGAAGGCUGUUCCUGGCGACCUCCUUAAGACGCUGGUUGCGCACACUGCAAGCCUGGACGCUGCGGUCAGAGUGCCUGCCUUGCUUUGUGACGAUCUAAAGGAUCAGUAUUUCGCUGGUCCAAACAAUAAGGCGCCGUACAUUUCAUUCGUUGUUCUUAGUCCUACAAUUACGGUUGAGCGUCUUCGGGGGAACAUCCACAUUGCUGCGAGAUUUAAUAUUGAGGCAACGAUUCUGCAAUACCAUUCCCAGAAGCGAAACAACCAUGAGCCAUUCUCACAUGAUAUCUGCCUUCGAUAUUUCAGUGACUCAUCCAACGAGGUACUCGUCAUGACGCCAGAAUCCGACGCAUCAGCCGCGUUCACCGUGACCAAGAAAACGACGACCUCAGUCAACCCCCAAGCUGGACUGACGAUGUCCGCAACGCCAUCUGCGAACGUUUCGAUUGGGCUAACUCGUUCCGCCGAGUUAAACGUGCAAUAUGCCGUAGAAUCGUGGAGUGUCAGUGCUCAUCGGCUGGUCGAUGAAGAUGGAUGUUCGCCGAUGUCAAAACGCGGAGGCUGCAACCAUGGACCAGCGCAGUAUCAGUGGUUUUGGGCAGGAAACCAGGAAGAAACCAAACAGCUGACACCGGAUCUGAAACGUACCCUCAAGAUUCAUGUAGUUGCAAAGCGUGUCCUUCCAUAUCUGGACUUUCCCCUCAAUGGUCCAUUCAAGAAAUCCUAUCAGGAAAUCCUAUCGCAAGUGACUGGCAAGAUUCGGAGCCCAUCCGACGCCCACGAUGAGGUCAUUCUCAGAGCCUUGUCAGCCUGCUUUACCUUCCGUUUCUGUGUUCAGGUUAGGGUAAAACGACGAUACGGAAGACUACACCGACUUCUUCUCCUAAGUUCGAACGAUGUCAAAGGCGCAUUUCUGAAACCUGAGUUUAGAACCCAAUUCACUAUCCGGCCAAACUUGACUUGGCUCACAGCUCUGAUACAAGAAGAGAAGCGCAGGCGGCCUGCACCAGGCCCCUCCAAACCACCCAGAAAACCGGAUUGUGAAAAGAAAAACCAGGGAAAGGGUUCAAAAGGAGAAGAUAAGCCCAAACCAAAGGACGAUGAAGACACUGAUGACGGAAGAAGUUCCUCAAAUUCGUCUGAGGGGAAUGAGGAAUCUGAGGACGACGAACUGCCGCCGCCUUUUAGAAUGCCACUCGCCGGAGACACGAUCGACAUUACCGCUCUGCUGGAGGAGAUCAAAGAGCAGAAUGGAGGCCGAGUCGAUGCGUUACAAGGACAGUCGGUGGCGAACAUACUGGGUCACCAGCGGUUCACAACGCUGAGAACAAGAGAAAGGGAGAGGGAUGUUUUGUUUGGAAGAACUAGGUAUUCCAAUGGCCCGGAACAAGUCUACGUAAGGAGAGAACGCAGUCCCCAAUUGCGGACUGAACGCGAUUCAGGUACGAGGAAUAGAGUGGUAACCCGUAUGGUGUCUCCUCCUACUCCUAAUAGGGAAAGAAGAAUUAUCCGGACAACCCAUCUCUCGGACAGGUAGGGGUUAAAUAAAUAAUCCGGCUAAGAGAUCUAAAUGUUUAGAUAGGUAGCUUUACAGAAAUAUGAAUUGCCAG